GCCAUGCUCGCGGGGCCGAGCCUGGGCCGCAGCGCGGGACGCCUGGAGCGGGCGGCACCGGGGCCUGCCGGGGCGGCCGGUGGGUGCCUGGCGGGAUGUUCCGCAAGGCGCGGAGGGUGAAUGUGCGGAAGCGGAACGACUCGGAGGAGGAGGAUGAGGAGCGCGACGAGGAGCCGCCUCAGGAGCCGGCGCCGGCGGCCGGGGCGGCGGGGGAAGGGCCCAGCGAGGCCUCCGUGCCGCUGGCGUCGGGCGCUGGGCUCCUGCCGCUGCCCGCCGGCUGCGUGCCCCUCGCCCUGCCCGGCAGCCCCGCGGCCUUCGCGUGCGCCGCGAGCUACGGAGCGGCUCUCGGCUUGGGGCUGGGCUUGAUGGGAGGCGACCGAGCAGGCCUGGGGGCUCUGCCGGCGCCCGCUGUCCUGCGACCCCCGCCGCCACCGCCGCAGGCCCAGCAGGGCAAUGGGCUGCCGGCAGCCGGGCGCCCCAAGGAGAAGAAGCGGUCGCGGGAGAACAAAGAGGUGCCGAGGGCCAGCCUGCUUAGCUUCCAGGACGAGGAGGAGGAAACAGAAGAAGUUUUCAAAGUGAAGAAAUCAAGUUACAGCAAAAAGAUUGUAAAACAAUUGAAGAAAGAAUACAAAGAAGAUCUUGAAAAAUCAAAAGUUAGAACAGAGGUCAAUUCUCCAACAGAUGUUGAAGCACCACUAGAAAAGUUAGGACAGAAUAAGGAUAUAGGCCAAGAAGAUGGGACUGCAAACAGUGACCAUGGUGAAGAAGAAAUGGAAGUUGAAAGUGAGAAGGAAGAAGAAAAACCAAAAGCUGGUGGUGCUUUUUCAAGUGCUCUGUCAUCACUGAAUGCUCUCCGCCCAGGAGAAAUUCCAGAUGCUGCUUUUAUUCAUGCUGCUAGGAAAAAACGUCAAAUGGCUCGUGAACUUGGAGACUUUACCCCCGUUGACAGUGAACCAGGUAAAGGCCGCCUUGUUCGAGAAGAUGAAAAUGAUGCCAGUGAUGAUGAAGAUGAUGACGAGAAGAGGAGGAUAGUUUUUACAGUGAAGGAAAAAUCUCAAAGGCAAAAGAUUGCUGAGGAAAUAGGUAUUGAGGGAAGCGAUGAUGAAGCACUAGUGGCAGGGGAGCAAGAUGAAGAACUCAGUAGGUGGGAGCAAGAGCAGAUACGAAAAGGAAUCAACAUACCCCAGGUUCAACCAAGUCAGCCUGCAGAAGUGAAUAAUGUGUACUACCAGAACACUUACCAGACACUGUCUUAUGGUUCAUCAUAUGGCAUUCCAUACACCUAUGCUGCAUAUGGAUCAUCGGAAACCAAGUCUCAAAAAACAGAUAAUACAGUUCCUUUCAAAACUCCCAGUAAUGAGAUGACUCCUGUUACUAUUGAUUUGGUAAAGAAACAGCUUAAAGACAGGUUGGACUCUAUGAAAGAAAUGCACAAAGCUAAUCGGCAGCAAUAUGAGAAACAUCAGCAAAACCAAGAGGACUCUACCAAGACAAUUGAAAGAUUAGAAGGGUCUUCUGGGGGUAUUGGUGAACGGUAUAAGUUUUUGCAAGAAAUGCGAGGGUAUGUCCAAGACUUGCUUGAGUGUUUCAGUGAAAAGGUGCCUCUGAUUAACGAACUUGAAUCUGCAAUGCACCAGCUGUACAAACAGCGAGCUUCCCGCCUUGUCCAAAGACGACAAGAUGAUAUUAAAGAUGAAUCUUCGGAGUUUUCAAGCCAUUCAAAUAAAGCACUGAUGGCUCCAAAUCUUGAUUCUUUUGGGCGAGACAGAGUGAUCUAUCAAGAACAAGUCAAGCGUCGAACUGCAGAAAGAGAGGCUAGAAGAGCUCGCCGCAGACAAGCGAGAGAGCAAACUGGGAAGAUGGCAGAUCACCUUGAAGGCCUUUCCAGCGAUGAUGAGGAAACUUCAACAGAUAUCACAAACUUCAACUUGGAGCGAGAUCGUAUAUUGAAAGAAUCCAGCAAAGUUUUCGAAGAUGUUUUGGAAAGUUUUUACUCGAUUGAUUGCAUUAAGUCACAGUUUGAAGCUUGGCGCUCCAAGUACUUUGCUUCUUAUAAGGAUGCUUAUAUUGGCCUGUGUUUACCAAAGUUGUUUAACCCUUUAAUCAGACUUCAGCUGCUUACCUGGACUCCUUUGGAGGGCAAGUGUCGAGAUUUUGAAACAAUGUUGUGGUUUGAGUCAUUGCUGUUUUAUGGCUGUGAAGAGCAGGAGCAGGUGAAAGAUGAUGCUGAUAUUUCACUGUUGCCUACCAUUGUAGAAAGAGUUGUUCUUCCUAAAUUAACAGUAAUUUCUGAAAAUAUCUGGGAUCCCUUUUCUACCACACAGACAUCUAGAAUGGUAGCAAUUGUACAGAAACUAAUAGAUGGAUAUCCCUCAGUGGUGAAUGCAGAAAACAAAAAUACACAAAUGCUUUUAAAGGCCUUGUUGCUAAGAAUGAGGAGAACACUAGAUGAUGAUGUAUUCAUGCCCUUGUAUCCAAAAAACAUCUUAGAAAACAAGAACUCUGGUCCAUAUUUGUUUUUCCAACGUCAGUUUUGGUCCUCUGUUAAGUUAUUGGGAAACUUUCUCCAGUGGUAUGGAAUCCUUUCAAACAAAACUCUACAGGAGCUGUCCAUAGAUGGGUUGCUAAAUAGAUACAUUCUUAUGGCUUUUCAAAACUCAGAGUAUGGAGAGGACAGCAUUAAGAAAGCUCAAAGUGUAAUUAAUUGCUUCCCUAAGCAGUGGUUCACUAAUCUAACGGGAGACAAGACUAUUUCUCAGCUAGAAAACUUUUGUAGAUACCUUGUUCACCUGGCUGAUACAAUUUACAGAAACAGCAUUAGUUGCUCUGAUGUAGAGAAGAGAAAUGCAAGGGAGCACAUCAAGCAGAUCAUAAAGCUUCUAGCAAGUAUCCGAGCUCUGGAUCAUGCCGUUACUGUUGCAAAUGAUCACAACGUAAAAGAGUUCAAGAUUCUAACAGAAGGAAAAUAGACUUUUCCCACCACUCAUUUUGAGCUUAAAAACCAUUCCUGAUGUGUAAUUUAUGUACAUAUGUAAAGUUUCUUAAACUGUAAAGUAUUGAUCUUUGUUUUAAUACAAAGUGCAUUCUUAUAUACAGCAUCCUUAAAAAUAAAAAUCAUUGACUUCAUUGAAAACAAAAAUGGAAUCCCAAGGUUGUCAUCUUUCCAGAAACCAGAUUUUUCCUCAAGUUUCUCUAAAUCUUGUUCAGAAAAAUACUUUCUGCCCAUAAUCAGUGGUCAUCUACACCUGUUAAUUGUUCCAUGGUUAACUGGAAUGUGUAUAAUAGAUUCUGUGUAAUACAAUGAUGUAUAUAUUUAUACCACCAUGUUGCUUUCACACUGGAUAUAGAGAUGCUGUUCUGUUGCAAUAAGCUUUUCCUUUGCUAAAAAUACUUAUUUUGAAAAUAAAAUGAUUGUAUUAUUGGUCAAAAGGGCUGCUAAAACAUUCAAAUAUGUGAAAAGUCAUGAGUUGAAGAAUAGGGGCACAUUGAAGUGCUUUAAAAAGCAGCUGUGCACUCCAAGUGGAGUAACCAAAAAGUAAUUUGCAUUCAGAAUAUGGAAAUCUUGCCACUGUUCUCCAAAAGGAACAUCUGGAUAAAUGGUGAAGUAUUUUUUUUUAUACAGGCAAACACUGAGAAUUUGUGAUUCUUGUGCAUGUGUAGAUGGUGAUUCUUAAGCUCAAAACACCUUUCAUUUUGUAAGACUAAUGGUUUUACCUCUGAAUUCUGGACCCUCCUUCCUUUUCUAAAGUGCUUAAGAUGUGUCAGGAUUGCGGGGGAGGGGGUUGGUUUUUUGUUUGUUUGAUUUGGUUUUUUGGUUUGGUUUUGUAAUGUCAUUCAUGGAACCUAUUUCUUCAGGUUAGAGUGGCUGAAGAUAUGGAGCAAAAUGAAGGUAUUUUGAAACCUUUGAAGUAUUUACAUAGUGGAUAUUAAAAUGUUAUACUUCCCACUGGUAGGAAAAUGAAACCACAAACAUCAAAGGUUUAUGCCAAAAAAGGAGACAGAGGAGUCUUGUAACUUUAUUCAAAUAAAGGGAGAGGCCAUGGGGCAUUUGCCAGGGGUCUCUCACAUUUUUGAAGGAUGCAGCCUCCUCUUUUAUCCUAAUUUCUCGGCCGUAUUUCCCUCUCACUUUCCCCCUCGGCUGAGGUACUUGAGAGGUACAGACUUCCCAGAAUGCCUGAUACCAAAGAUUCCCCUCUGAUGUAAAACCCUCCCUUUUAAUUUUUAAUUUUUAUGGAAUUUAUGUUUUUCCCCAUUGUUUCUUUCAACUUUCAAUGCCCAAUUCAAUUUAUCAGCUUUUACAAAUAAACCUAAAGUUUAUUUGUAAAAGCAAGUAUCUUUUUCCAUUCAUCAAUCAGUGGAAUCCUUCCCACUGAUCCUUUUAUCUCUCAGUGCUAGUUUAUCUACCAGCAGACCCACAGCUUGUUUGUAAAGACAAAUCCAUCGUUCCUCUCACCACUAAAUAUCAUCUAUGUAUAGGCCUAAAAACCCAAGGCGUUUCAUUUAAAUGUAAGUGAAAACCACUUCAAAAAUCUGUUGAUAUACGUGAGAACACUAGUGACUUGAUCUUGGGAUCCAAGGCAGGUGGAGAGCUUUAGGUUAAAAGCUAUUCUCCAUGUGUGCCCAGCUUUUUUUUAGGGGAACUAUAGCAAUUUGCAUUCUGAAUAAUAUUUAUGCUUACUGCAUGUGAUAUAAAUGAGUAUAUUAAACACAUACCAUUUGUAACAUGGACACUUCCUUGGGAUACUGGAUAGUUAUUUUUUUUCAACAGAUUGACGGAGCGCACUCAGAAAUACCU